GUGUGCUGCUGCUCCUCCUCAUGUACUGUGUGGCAGUCUACUUCACAGACUUAGCCACGGAGGCGACGCGGCUCAACGCCAACACCUCCGUGGACCUCACGGAAGUGCGCCGAUACUGGGGCUCCCUGGGACAGGCAGUGGCCUCUCUCUUCCAGGCAAUUACUGGAGGAAUGGACUGGCGAGUCUUUGUGGAGGUCUUCGAGACGGCGCUCCCCGAGUCCCACGACAUGCUACUGGUUGUUUUCUCUCUGUACAUCGCAUUCGCAACACUGGUUAUGCUGAACUUGGUCACGGGCGUGUUCGUGGAAGGAGCUCAGCGCAUUGCCAAGGAGGAGAAGGAGCAGGAGCUGAUCAAAAGUGUGCAGAAGCUAUGUGUUCUCGCAGAUACUAGUGGCGAUGGGGAGAUCACCUGGGAAGAGUUUGAAGCCAACCUCUCCUCGCAAGAGAUGAUC